AUGGGUGUCUCUGCACCUCUGCGUGCCCAGGCCCACUCUGAGGCCUUGAGCGCAGUAGUGUGUAGCAGUGUCAACGCUGGGCAGAGCCACAGUGAAAUACAGCCCAAAACCUCAUACGUGCCCCCCAAAGAACAUCUGGUCAAAAUGAUGCACUUGAUCAAACCCCUUUUACGUUUCGCCAGAGAUCAGGAAUGUCGGAAACAUUACUCGGAGCCUCUGCCUGAUGUCGCACAGCAGACCAAUGCUGUGCGCCAUCACAGCACAGACUUUAGCACACGUGGUCCUCAAGUGUCGGAGGAAAGUGAAUGCUCGGAUUCUGAGAAUGAAACCAGAUCUACAGAGAUGAAAGUCAGCUCUGACACCAGGAAAGUGACUCCACCAAUGGCGUCCAAAAACACCAUAAUACAAAUUCAAUACAUCGCUGAAGAGGCUGCUACGGAAAUGUUGCUCAAGGGCCAGGAGAACAAGUCUAAGGAGCUGCUGAGACCACUAUGUAAGGACCAGGAAGCCGCUUCACAGGUGGAAAUCCAAUGGAACGACCAGCAUUGGUCUUACCUGCUGCUAGAAGUGUGCUUUCGGGUGUUGGCUACCUCAGAGGAAAUGAAUAUAGAGCAACUCUUCCAGCUUCUCUUGAAGUAUGUGGAGCAACACAAAUCUGAAUGUAUUGUUCGGGUCAAACCUGAUCUGCAUCACAUCAGAGAAGCAGCUAAUGCGAUACACCAAGCUGUGAUUGCAAACCUUGGGGAGUGGAUGCUAUUCACAAUCAUGGUGGAACCUGAGUUCAGCGCCGCCAUCAUCACAGACUGCAUCCUGAAAAGGAGGUGGAGCAAAGGGAAGGAGGAGGAAGAGGGGAAGACAAAGACUCAUAAAGGAAAAGCAGCGGACGACAACACAAACUUACCUCCUCUGGCUCAUAAACCUUUGCCCUCACGAGUCGCGGGAAUGGCCACCCUCCCAGUGGUCCCGCUCCUCUGCGCUUUCCACGUGUUCACAGCUGGGGCCCAGACCGAGAGCACUGAGGCGCCUGGGUCCUUACCUUCAGACUGUAGGGAGGAGAUGUAUCCCUGCACCAGGAUGUACUCUGUUCAUCGGCCGGCCAAGAAAUGCAUCGGAGGUUUCUGUCUCUACAGCCUGUCGCGCAUGUACGUGAUCAACAAUGAGAUCUGCACCAGGACUGUGUGCGCACAAGACGAGUACAUGAAAGCGGAACUGUGCCGAGAGCGCUCCGGGUGGCCGAGACGCAUCCAGCGCUCAGCUAAUCAGAGGAGGCGUUGUCGCAGUCGUCGUGGCAACCCCAACACCUGGGAAAACAAGGUCUGA